AUGCCGUUCCCCCACAAGCAGGUCCUGAUCACAGGCGCCACGUCAGGCAUAGGCCUAGCCCUCACGGAGCGCCUCCUGACGAACAACAUAUCCGUCAUAGCCGUCGCCCGCAGCACGGCGCGCCUCGAAGCGCUCCUCGCCAAACACGGCCCCGCCCACCUGGCCAUCGAGCCCCUCGACGUGACAGACCUCGCCUCGCUGCCCGACUGGACGGCCCGCAUCACAGCAACCUACCCAGCCGUGACGGCCCUGUCCCUGAACGCGGGAGUCCAGCACGCCCUGCCCCUCGGGCCCCCGACCACCACCGCCGGGGCCAGCGACGGCACGGGGGUCUCCGCCGUCACCGCCCUCCUCGCCGCGACGACGGCCGAGCUGACAACAAACUACCUCGCGCCGCUGCACACGACGCUGCUCUUCCUGCCGCACCUGCGCGCCCACGCCGCCGCCGGCCGCCCCGCCGCCCUGUACUACAUCACCAAGGCCGCCCUGCGCGCCCUCGCCUGGCAGGUGCGGGCGCAGCUCCGGGGCGAGGAGCGGCAGCCCGGCCGGGACGCCGUCAGGGUUGUCGAGAUUGUGCCGCCGGCCGUGCAGACUGAGCUUCACACGCGACAAGGCCUCGCGCCCAUCGGGAUGCCCCUCGGGGAUUUCAUUGACUAA